GCAACUGCUGAAAGUUGAGGUAACCUGUUCGACGACGCUCGGUCGCAAAGAAGAAAGAACUCUCCGGACUUCCGGCUACGUUUUCUCGACGCUGACCCUAAUCAGCAACCAUGGGAGCGGAAGAAGAACGAGAAGCACCGAAUCGGAACCCAGUUAACACUGACCCAAAACCUAAUCGCAUAACUCAAGCUCAAUUCCUCUCCUGGAAAAGCCAAAAGGAUGCUAUUGCAUCAGCUAGAAAAGCUGAAGCAGAAAGGAAGCGUUGCGAGGAUGUAGCAGCAGGAUUGGUGCAAAUGAAUGGCCGUGAGCUUUUUCAAAAUGAACCUUGGGUGUUUGAUAAUUCUCGUUACUAAGUUCAAUUUUACCGUGCUUACAAAAAGUAGUAUAAAAAAGAAGACAGUUCAAUCUCUAUGAGGAAGCAUUAUGUUUGAAAUUUGUUACUUCACCGAUACAUUUGUAGUUAAGGUUACAAGCAAGUUCCUGAUCAGACAGAGCACAUGGAAGUCAAGGUUUGAAGUUGGUUCCGAAUUAGACAGAGCGCGCUUGGUGUGCUUCUUUAUACCGUGUAGAAAAUGUUUCAGCUAUAAAGAAGGGAGAUAUAACAAGAAGUUUUUUAUUAUUCGAAUCUAUUGAGGAAUUGGAAAAUAUUUCCCCUGAAUGCUCAAGAAAUCCAUUGGACAGGUCUUUAGAAA